AGUUUUGGCUUGGCGACAACAGCGACAUUACCUUUGCCUAGUUGACGAUCACUCUGAGUCUGUGUCACGAACAACAACAUUGUCAACCCCUCCUCUAAAACAACAUGGAAGACAAAUCCACCCGGGCGGCCACCAACGCCCCCGAGCUAGCAGCCUGGGAACAUACUCACCAAGGCAUCGAACGAGCUCCCUCUCCUCAACAUCAACCUUCAUUACAACAACUACACCAUCCAGAAGGCCAACCAGGCCUAGAACCCGCUCCCCAUUCCACCCUCGAAGUCAGCCCUCACCAAGUCCAAGACGAUAAGCUAUCCUCCUAUGGCCCAACGUCCACUAUCUCGAGCACCUCCCCAUACCCAGCGUACGUCCUCCCACAGCCGUACGGGUAUUCACAACAUGGGAACAUUGGGUCGGUACCCGGAACGAGUACGAUUGCCGGAUCAACCGCAGCCGGCGGGGGGAUAGGUGAUAAGGAAGCUGGUAAUGGUGACGGGGAUGACAACGGCAAAAAUAAGCGGUACUGUUUUGGCCUGGGGACUAAGAGACAGGUGGCUUGGUCGUUGUUGGCGAUUGGGAUUUUCCUGAUCGUGGUUGGAGUCGCGGUGGGGGUGGGUGUGGGUGUUAGUGCUGGGAAGGGCGGUGGGAAGAAGUCUGGGAAUAGCUCCUCAACCGCAACCCCAACAUCAACCACCGCCCACCCCUCCUGGACACACACAGCCAACCUCCCCCCACCCACCGCCUACGCCACCAUCACCCCCUCAACAUCCAUCAUCUGUCCCUCCAACAACUUGACCCUCUACACGCCCUCCAACGAUACCAUCCUAUCCUCCUCCAGCCGUGGGAAGGGUUAUUUGUUGCUCUGCGGCCGGGACUACAACGCGCUAGCGGGGGCCGACGACAUCACGAACCGGGAGGCCGAUUCGAUCGAGACGUGCAUUGAUCGGUGCGCCGAGGUGGAUAAUUGUGUGGGCGCCGGUUGGGGGUAUUAUGAUGGGAAGCAGAUUUGUUGGUUGAAGAGUCGAUUGGGAAAACCGGGCUGGACGCCCGGGUGGUAUAUGGCGGUUAGGGAGGAUGCGGUUUUGCAUGAUGGGAGUGAGGGGGGGUUGAGUGGGGAUACGGAGACGGGAUGAUGAUGAGGGUUGUAGAUACGGUACUAGAUUUUGGGAUGGUGUGGGAUGGAUGCAAUGGGCUGGUAUUCAGGAGUUUGGGUUGGAAAUAUGCCCACUGGGGGUUCCUUUGGAUUGGCAAAGGGGCAUUUGCACUUGGGAAAGACUUUCGUGGUGAAGGAAAGGAU